AUGGUUUUUAUAGAUGACAACACCACAUCGUCAUUCUUUAAAGGUGUCACGAAUUGUGAUUUUAGCGAAUGGUUACCUCAAAGCGACAUAUUAGCACACCCCAGACUAAAGCUUUUUGUGAUGCAUGGCGGUAUAAACGGCCUGGAAGAAGCCCUAUUCAGGGGAGUGCCGGUGGUGGUUAUCCCAUUGUUUGCUGAUCAGUUUCGCAAUGGAAGAAACGUAGAGAAGAGGGGAGUGGGGAAGGUGCUUCUUAAAUUGGAACUUUCCGAAGAUAGGAUUAGAUCAACUAUCCAGGAGAUAUUGAAUAAUGAUAGCUUAGUCUCGAAAGCGUUAAGUAAAUUACAUUUUAGCUACAAACAAAAUGCUCUUCGGAUGUCAAAACUAAUGCAAGAAAAACCGUUUUCCGCCGAACAACGCCUUGUUCAGUGGACGAAUUUCGCUGUCGCAAACGGAGUCCUGGACGUACUUCACGUGCAAGGCUCACGACUGAAUUCCAUAGUGUAUUUUAAUCUCGAUGUGAUAGCUGUAUUUUUGGUGUGCGUAUGUUUAUUCAUGGUAGUAAUUAUCAUGCUGUGCAGAGCUAUAAGGAGAAGUGUUCUUCGUAAAAAAGUGAAGCAGAAUUAG